UGUUGUGCCAGGCUACAGAAUAACGUCCACAUUUUGCCCCAAGUCAUCCCCUCCUCCCAGGGGGAAGGCAAUGGAGCUGGCUCAGGCUGCGGAAUAAUGUCCAUGUUUCUCUCCAGUUCAUCCCAUCCUCACAUUGGACAGGGGAGAGAAAUGGCUGCAGAGGAGCCAGUUCAGGGGCCAGUGACCUUCGAGGAGGUGGCUGUGUAUUUCACCAGGGAAGAGGGGGCUCUGCUGGACCCCACUCAGAGAGCCCUCUACAGGGAUGUCAUGCAGGAGAACUAUGAGAAUGUGACUGAACUGGGGUUUCCAGUUUCCAAACCUCAUAUAAUCUCCCAGCUGGAACAAGGAGAAGAGCCAUGGGUCCCAGACCUCCAGGGUUCAGAGGAAAGAUGGAUCCUGAGAGCCCCCUGCACAGCAGGUGAUGCAAUGGUAGGUAAGAGAGAGGAGCAGAAUUUUCAGCAGGAAAAUGUCGAGCAAGUGGAUAAACACAGAGCAUUUUUGCAAAGAUCGAAAAGGGAUGUGUCCAGGAGUCAUGAGCAGGGAAACUCCUUUGCAAUUCAGCACAGACCAGAAAGAGAGCAGGGAAACCAGCCAGGAGAGAGAAUGGGUAAAUAUAUUUUCUGCUGGGGAACUCAGAAGAGCAUCAAAGAAACCACAGCACAGCAGGAAAUCCUCAUGAGAAAGAAGAAAAAUACAUGUUGUGAGUGCGGGAAAAGCUUCUCUAGCAGCUCAAACCUUUCUCAACAUCAGAGAAUCCACACAGGGGAGAGGCCCUUUGAAUGCCGUGAGUGUGGGAAAACUUUCACUUACAAAUCAGGUCUUGUUCAUCAUAAGAGAAUCCACACAGGCGAGAGACCCUUUGAAUGCCGUGAGUGUGGGAAAACUUUCACUUACAAAUCAGGUCUUGUUGAUCAUAAGAGAAUCCACACAGGCGAGAGGCCCUUUGCAUGCCAUGAGUGUGGGAAAACCUUCACUCACAGAUCAGAACUUUCUCAACAUAAAAGAAUCCACACAGGAGAGUGGCCAUAUGAAUGCCAUGAGUGUGGGAAAAGCUUCACUCAUAGGUCAAGCCUUUUUACCCAUCAGAGAAUCCACACAGGCGAGAGGCCCUUUGAAUGCCAUGAGUGUGGGAAAACCUUCACUCACAGGUCAGACCUUUCUAAACAUCAGAGAAUCCACACGGGGGAGAGGCCCUACGAAUGCCGUGAGUGUGGGAAAACCUUCACUAGCAGCUCAGCCCUUUCUCAGCAUCAGAGAAUCCACACACGGAAGAGGCCCUUUGAAUGCCGUGAGUGUGGGAAAAGCGUCACUCAAAGAUCAAUCCUUUCUCAACAUCAGAGAAUCCACACAGGGGAGAGGCCCUAUGAAUGCCGUGAGUGUGGGAAAACUUUCACUUACAAAUCAGACCUUGUUGAUCAUAAGAGAAUCCACACAGGCGAGAGGCCCUUUGAAUGCCAUGAGUGUGGGAAAACCUUCCCUCACAGAUCAGACCUUUCUCAACAUAAAAGAAUCCACACAGGAGAGAGGCCCUAUGAAUGCUGUGAGUGUGGGAAAACCUUCCAUCACAGAUCAACCCUUUCUAGACAUGAGAUAAUCCACACAGGGGAGAGGCCCUUUGAAUGCUGUGAGUGUGGGAAAACUUUCACUUACAAAUCAGGUCUUGUUGAUCAUAAGAGAAUCCACACAGGCGAGAGGCCCUUUGCAUGCCAUGAGUGUGGGAAAACCUUCCCUCACAGAUCAGACCUUUCUCAACAUAAAAGAAUCCACACAGGAGAGAGGCCAUAUGAAUGCCGUGAGUGUGGGAAAAGCUUCACUCAUAGGUCAAGCCUUUUUACCCAUCAGAGAAUCCACACAGGCGAGAGGCCCUUUGAAUGCCAUGAGUGUGGGAAAACCUUCACUCACAGGUCAGGCCUUUCUAAACAUCAGAGAAUCCACACGGGGGAGAGGCCCUACGAAUGCCGUGAGUGUGGGAAAACCUUCAUUAGCAGCUCAGCCCUUUCUCAGCAUCAGAGAAUCCACACACGGAAGAGGCCCUUUGAAUGCCGAGAGUGUGGGAAAACCUUCCCUCACAGAUCAGCCCUUUCUCAACAUCAAAGAAUCCACACAGGGGAGAGGCCCUAUGAAUGCGUGAGUGUGGGAAAAGCGUCACUCAAAGAUCAAUCCUUUCUCAACAUCAGAGAAUCCACACAGGGGAGAGGCCAUAUGAAUGCCGGGAGUGUGGAAAAAGCUUCACUCGUAGCUCAAGCUUUUUUACCCAUCAGUGAAUCCACACAGGCGAGAGGCCCUAUGAAUGCCGGGAGUGUGGGAAAAGCUUCCUUCACAGCUUUCACCUUUCUAGACAUCAGAGAAUCCACACAGGUAUGAGACCCAAUGGAAGCAGUGAAUGUGGGAAAACCUUGUCUUGCCACUGAGCCCACGUGAGCCGUCAGGGAAUCUGCAUGGGGGAUCAACACUAUAAAACCCUCUAGGGCUAUCAAUACUUUAAUAAUUUUCCUGAUUACCACAGAGUAACUUUUAAAAGCUUUUUGAACUGCUUGAAGCACCGAUAUCCCUCAGCUUGUCCAGAUGAGUGGCCCAGUUUUGCAUUUUGCAGUUUGACUCUUUGAGGUGGACCCAUUUGUCCUUUCUAUCAACUCCAUUCUGCCACGAGUAGUUUGAGUGUGCCCUUCUCAUGGUAUAAUUCCCCACUCUGAACCUUAGCGUACAAAAGAUGGGGUACCAGCAUGAAUUCCUCUAAGCUCAAUUACCAGCUUCGGACUUGUAGCACUGCCACCAACCAGGAAUUUCAGUGCCUGGUACACUCUGGUCCCUCCAAAACCUUGCCCAGGGACUCCCAAGACCCAGUUCCUCUGGAUCUUAACACAAGGACAGUAAACCCUUUCCUUCACCAUUGUCUCUCCCAGCCUUCCCCUCCCUGGGUUACCCUGGAAGAUUACUAUGAUUCAAAUUCCUUGAAUCUUUAAACAGAGAGGAAAAUUUUCCUUCCCCCCUCCUUCUCUCUCCCCCUCCCAGACUCUCCUUGAGAGAGAAAAAUAAUCCUAACACAGAGAGAAAUUAACCUUUCUCUCCCCCUUCCCUCCUUUCUCCACACCAAUUCCCUGGUGAAUCCAGACCCAGUCCCCUGGGGUCUCACUAGAAUAAAGAAAACAAUCAGGUUCUUAAACAAGAAAAGCUUUUAAUUAAAGAAAGAAAAAACAGUAAAAAUUAGCCUUGUAAAUUUAAGAUGGGAUAUGUUACAGGGUCUUUCAGCUAUAGACACUGGGAAUACCCUCCCAGUCUAAGUAUACAAGUACAAAUUAGAAUCCUUUCAGCAAAAUACAAAUUUGAACUCCUUCCAACCAAAUACACAUUUGCAAAUAAAGAAAACAAACAUAAGCCUAACUCGCCUUAUCUACCAAGUACUUACUAUUCUGAACUUAUAAGAACCUGUAUCAGGGAGAUUGGAGAGAAACCUGGUUGCACGUCUGGUCCCUCUGAGCUCCCAGUGUGAACAACAAACAAAUUCUAACAGCACACACUCAAACUUCCCUCCCUCAAGAUAUCAAAGUAUCCUGUCCCCUGGUUGUUCCUCUGGACAGGUGACAGCCAGGCUCACUGAUCUUGUUAACCUUUUACAGGCAAAAGAGUCCUGACAUAUUUCUGUUCUAUUAACUCUUACUUAUCUGUUUAUGACAGCCCUCCCAUAAGAAACAAGGGAGGAUCAGAUUUAUACCAUUCCUCCUAUUGCAAAGGUAUUGUUAGAGGGUCACCAAUGAUGCGGAUUGUAUCAUUGCCAGUUGUUCUCACGUUCCUUUGGGUUGUGCUGAAGAGCAGUUAUCAUGGGAGCUUUCCAAUAUAUUUAAAUGAAGAGGAGCAAGGGCAGGAAAAAAAGUGUUAUUUCAGCCUCUGUGAUACUGGAAGGAGAUGUUAAAAGCGGCAGAGUCCUAUGGCACCUUAUAAACUAAAAAACGUUUUGGAGCAUAAGCAAUAUACAAAAACCUAUAGGAUAACAGUUCAGUCUCCUUGGACACACAAUCACAGAUUUAAAAAUAGCCAUCCUGUAUUCUAUCUCUCUGUGAUGUGGGUUUCUAUCUUUCUUGAUGGCUGUGUGGUCACACAAUUAGAUAUUAGUUCAGCUCAGAUUUAUUGGAGAAUUGAAGACAAAUGAGCAUUUGCUAAAGUCAUCAUUUCUCACUCCAGCUUUGCUUUUCCCCCAUCCUUCCAUGAUGACAUGGAGAAAGUUCAAGUGCAGCUCUGUCAACAGGAGAGAACUCUCCAGUUUACUGGCCAUGCUAACAGAGACACAGCAGUGAUUUAAAAUCUCCACUUGGAAAUGGGGAACAACAGCAGACCCCCCAGUAACUGAGGGAAGUGCAUAUGAGCACAGUGUAGUUCAGUUGUUUAAAUCAAUAUUGUCUCAGUUGGCUGUGUUGGCAGGAGAAGCUCUCCUGCUGAUGUAGCGCUAUCUACACAGGGGAUUAGAGCUGUGUAACUACGCUGCUCAGCUGUCUCGAUUUUUCACAUCCGUGAGCAAUAAUUAUACCAAUAAAUAUCUGUAGUGAAAAUCAGACAGUUUUUUCUUGUGUUUUAUGCACUUACAUCACUUCUCCCCUACCUCCUACUACUUUAAAAGAUUUAAAGUGUGACAAGAGAGGUAUUUUUCCUCAGGAUGCAAACAUUCCCACAUAGGAGACGCCUUCCACCAACACGCAUGGCAGAAGAACCAGAGAGAUAUGAACUCUCAGAAGUGCUGGGACAAACCACAACUUGAGCCAAGGUUCAGGUGUUGGCAAUGAGGAUUAAAAGAAAACUAACAUAUAUGACAAGAAUUUGUGAUUUUUGAAUGUGUUAAUGUUGCCAAUGAAAAUGAAAUUAUAGGUGGUUAUUGGUUAAAGAGUAAGAGACUAAUUGUUUGAUAAUCUGAAUUAUUUUGGAAAACUGAAA